AUGCUGACUGGACUCUGCGCUCUGCUCACCAUCUCCCUGGUGGUCACAGCUCAGCGCAGCCCACUCAAUGACUACCAGCGAUCGAAAGCCACCGAGCUGGCACACCAGAGCGAGGAAAACGUGAAGGAGGAGAUCAGAGGAGAUGUCCACGUGUGUGCCAAGAAAUGUUCUGAUCUGCUGGACUGCAGGUCCUUUGACUACAACCUGAAGACCCUCAGCUGCCGCCUGCUGCCGUGGACACAGAAUUCCCCCCUCGUCACCAUGACCAAGAAUGUCAUCUAUGAUGUCUACCAGAAAAAGGAUUAUGUUCGGGAAUGUGUGGUGGGGGAUGGGACGACCUAUCGUGGAAUGACCUCCCACACUGUGAAAGGGAAAACCUGCCAACACUGGAGACAAAAAUUCCCGCAUGACCACAAAUACUUUCCCAAUUCUCAAAAUGGACUGCAUGAGAAUUACUGCCGGAACCCGGACAAGGACGCCAAGGGCCCCUGGUGUUACACCACCGACAAGAAUGUGAGAUUCCAAUCCUGCGGAAUCAAGACGUGUGAAGAAGCCGUGUGUCUGAACUGUAAUGGGGAAGAUUACCGCGGCUCGCUGGACCGGACCGAGUCAGGGAAGGAAUGUCAGCGGUGGGACCUUCAGAGUCCUCAUUCUCAUCCGUAUAACCCAGAAAAGUAUCCUGACAAACACCUGGAUGAUAAUUAUUGCCGCAAUCCAGACAGUUCGGAGAGACCCUGGUGCUAUACUACAGACCCCAAAGUGGAGCGGGAGUACUGCGAGAUCACAAAGUGCAUAGAGAAGCAGCGGCAACAGAAUUUAACAAUAGUCAGCAAUUGUUUCAUGGGAAGAGGAGAGGGCUAUCGGGGAAAGGCCUCCACCACGACCUCUGGAAUCCCCUGCCAGAACUGGGACUCCCAAACCCCACACAAGCACCGCUUCAACCCGGAGAAAUACCCCUGCAAAGGCCUGGAGGAGAACUACUGCCGUAAUCCUGAUGGUUCAGAAGCUCCAUGGUGUUUCACCACCAACCCCAACAUAAGAGUCGCUUACUGCUACCAGAUCAAACGUUGCCCUGAUGAUGUCACAGACACCGGCUGCUAUCAUGGAACGGGGAGACCUACGAUGGAACUGCCAGCAGGACCAGGAAGGGGCUUCCGUGCCGCAACUGGAUUGAGAAAGCCAAUGACAUUCAGUUCAGCUUUGGAGAGACUCUACAGGAAAACUACUGUCGGAAUCCAGAUGGUGACAGUCAUGGCCCAUGGUGUUACACCAAGGACCCCAAAACACCCUUUGAUUACUGCGCCAUCAAACCUUGCGAUGAGGGGCCUGCAAUCAAUCUAAAAGAAGCAGAGAAUAUAGCCUUUGACUCAUGUGGCAAAAGAGUCGAAAACUCUCCCCCCAAGAAAGCCCGGAUAGUUGGUGGUACACCAGGCAACUCGCCGUGGACUGUGAGCCUGCGUAACAGACAAGAUAUCCAUUUCUGUGGGGGGUCCUUGGUGAAGGAAGACUGGGUGAUCAGCACUCGGCAGUGUUUUUCUUCGUGUGACGCUGAUCUUUCUGGAUAUCACGCCAUGGUGGGAACGCUCUAUAUCAACCCAAAACCCGAUGACCCAAAAAAACAGUCUGUACCAAUCAGUAAGAUCAUGUGUGGGCCCUCCGACUCCAGCCUGGUGAUGUUGAAACUGGAGAGGCCGGUCACCCUGAACUCCCUGGUCGCUCUGAUCUGUCUCCCUCCAGAGCGAUAUAUUGUGCCUCCAGAAACCAAGUGUGAGAUCGCAGGCUGGGGGGACACGCAAGGUACCGGGCAUGAGGAUGUCCUCAAGGUGGCCCACUUCAACAUAAUCAGUAACGAGGAAUGCAACAAGGGGAGCACCAAGAUCCGUGCGCAGGAAAGUGAGAUCUGCACCAGGCCAGUGCCCAUUGAGCUUGGAGCCUGUGAGGGUGAUUAUGGAGGUCCACUGGCCUGUCUGACCCAUGACUGCUGGGUGCUGGAGGGGGUGAUUGUCCCGGCUCGUGGCUGCGGAAAGAAAAAUGUUCCGGGUGUCUUCACACGUGUCUCUGUGUACGUGGAUUGGAUCAAUAAAGUGAUGAAGAUGAUGUGA